AGCAAUGGACUCGCUGUUUUAUAAUCGAUUUCCGUGCUAUUAGCGUUGAAAUUCAGUAUUUUUACGAAUUCAGUAGGUGGUUUGACUCUCAUUAAUAUCUCCGAUAACAAGAACGAAUAUUUUAAUGUGAAAUAUCGAGGGGUUCACUUUUCAAGGAGUUUAUUUUAUUAUUGAAACCACGUGUUUUUCCGUUUCUGUCAAUUUCCGUAUAGCUUUUGUGAAGUUACCAAGUAGCUUGUUGCCAUAUAUCCCGGUUUUUUUAUUGUUACUUGAUAUUAGCAUAAUUAACGUCUGUUCUGCAUAUAUUUUACAAUCAUCCGAACGCAGUUCUUAGGUAUACAAAGAAACAGGAAUGCGAAAACACGAUGUCGGACUUCGUAGAAGGCUGGACUUUAGGACACACUCUGGGGGAGGGAGCCUACGGGGAGGUCAAACUGGUGAUUAACACAACUUCAGGGGAAGCUGUCGCAAUGAAAAUGAUCGACUUGGUGAAACAUCCGAAUGCACGCCAAAGUGUGCGUAAGGAAACAACCAUCCAUCGAAUGUUAUCAAAUCCACAUAUUAUUCAUUACUUUGGACAGCGCAGCGAGGCUACAAUGGAAUACAUAUUUCUAGAAUACGCUGCUGGCGGAGAAUUAUUUGAUAGAAUUGAACCAGAUAUAGGAAUGCCUGCAUGGGAAGCGCAAAAAUACUUCAAACAAUUGGUAUCAGCAGUUGAAUAUUUGCAUAGCAGAGGUGUAGCGCACAGAGAUCUGAAGCCAGAAAACUUACUACUCGAUGAACAUGACAAUCUCAAAGUCACAGAUUUUGGUAUGGCUACAGUGUACAGAUUACAAGGCAAGGAACGAUGUUUAGACAAGAGAUGCGGAACCUUACCAUAUGUAGCACCUGAAGUGCUGUCCAGACCAUAUCAUGCGGAACCUGCAGAUGUGUGGUCUUGUGGAAUUAUUCUUGUUGCUAUGCUAGCUGGAGAACUGCCUUGGGAUCAACCCUUGGCAGAGUGCCCUGAGUAUUUGGCAUGGAAGGAUGGGAAAUACAUGUCAUUAACUCCAUGGAGUAAGCUGGACAAUGCUUCGCUUUCAUUGGUCAGAAAAGCCCUCCAUCAUUUACCAGAGUCAAGGUAUACUUUGAAACAAAUCAAGGAGCAUCGUUGGAUGUUAACAAAGAUCCAUAAAGAUCGAAAGUUGGAAGGGAAUGACGUAUUGGAUGGCAAUGGAUUGAACCAGAUGUGCUCAAGAAAUGAACACAAAGUACCUAGAUUGGGUUUAUCGCAACCAGAAUUCCCAGGUCUCGAAGCAAGCUAUACGGAUGACAUGAACUUCGAACAACGAGCAGGGUUCUCGUUUUCACAGCCCACGGAUAUGGAGGAUCUGUUACUAUGUACUCAACUUCAAACGACGCAAUACACUCAGAACGCAAGUCAGAAUAUUCUCCAAAAAUUGGUGCGCCGUAUGACGAGGUUCUUCGUCAAAUCAGAGUGUGAUAAUAUUGCAAAGAAGCUAGUGUCUCACUUGGAGCAUGAAGGAUACACAUGCCGUAUCAGCGAAGUUGGCGUUAUCACCGUCGCCACCGUCGAUAGAAGAAAAAUGCCACUUGUGUUUAAAGCGAAUAUCGUGGAUAUGGAUGGGAAAAUUCUGGUAGACUUCAGAUUAUCUAAGGGCUGUGGUAUCGAAUUUAAGCGAAGAUUUGUGAAAAUUAAAACCGACCUUGGAGACCUUGUCGAGAAAGGCGCGGUUUCGUGGCCCAUUGCCGUCGCUACUCACAGUAUGCCUUAACGACCAUAGAUUUACGGAACAUUUUUAUACCACCGUCAUUCAAUAAAGUUUACACUAUUUUUAUA